CUCUGGCGACAUUUCCGGGUGGGCGGGCGCUCGGGCUGCUGAUUCACAUACGGGAGGAAAGCAGCGAUUAGUACCUGAAAAACAUAAACAUGUCACUGUCAUAGACUCUGUAAAAAUCAAGCGCCCUAUUUAACGACAGGUUGCCAUGGUCCCUACAGACUUAAAGGGCCUAAUCCAGAGGUUCUAUCAUCUUCAGUCUGAGCGAGUGGAGACGUAUCGCCUCUUUGAAGAGGGACAUGAAGCCUACUUGAGGACAGGGCCUCAUUACGACUUCGACCACUACAGGCAGCUGGUCCAUGAGAUAACGCAGGCCUUCUGCGGCAUCUCCAGGGAAGUGCUGGAGAUCAAGGGGAGGCUGCACCAUGAGUUUGACAGGCCAGACCUCUCUGAGCACAUUGAGAAGCUGCAGAGCAAAGAGAAGCAGAAACUUGAACUGACAGCCAAGCUGCAGCUGGCCAGGCAGCGGGCCCAGGAUCACCCGGAGGACGAAGGCUGUCAAGAAAAGAUUCAGGAGAUCAAGCACGAAAUCAUCAAGAACAAAGAGGCUCUGAGUGAGAUCAUGCAGGACUUUAAGUAUGACUCCGAGGAGUCUGAUUGACAGGUGACUCCCUGGGGGCCUGCAGCCGCCCUCUCACAUCACAAGACGGCAGGGCUGACAGAUCGACUCGGCCUUGCUGCAACUUCAAUCUUGGAUUCCUCAGCUGCACUUAUCGAUCUCCCCCUCUGUCUCCACCCUGCUCAUUGCUGCAGUCUUAUUCCACCCAGGGGGCUUUUCACAAUCUGGCUGUGUGUGCGUGUUUUUAUCAGUAGUCACGUGUUUGUGUUAAUGUAUGUCUCAGCAGAAAAAAAGAAAGAGAAAACAUGCUUAUGUUGUAAUGAAAUUGAUGUAAUGUGUAAAUACUGAAAAGGGUAAAUAAUAUUAAAAAGCUCAUCCAUCUUUGUUUUCCUUGAUACAUUAUAUUUUUGAAAUAAUAAAAACACUUUCCAAGA